AACCAAAUUCCCGAAAGGUGUCGGACAAGGAAGGAGCCGUGUUCAAGACAAGACACAAGACAAUGGGGAGUCUGUUUAGGAGGAUAAUUUAGGUCCUUUUUUUUAUAGGACAUAAAUUGGACGAUAUAAUAUUUAUUAGUUUAAUGGAUCAAUCAACGAUGAGGAGGUUGAUUCUGGCCGCGUUCGUCCUCUCUUCCCUACCGACAGAGGUGCAGAGCGUCCAGGUGAAUGUUCCUCAGACAGAGAGGAGUACAGCUCUGUUUGCCUCCGUCAUCCUGAAGUGUGAUUACUCCACCUCCGCUAACCAGCAGGAUGUCCAGGUCACCUGGCGAUACAAGUCCUUCUGCAAGGACCCCAUCCUGGAGUAUUACUCCCAAGCGUACCAGAAUGCUCUGCAGCUGGGUCAGGACCCGGCCAAUGACUGCCCAGACCGCCAGCGCACGGUGAGGAUCAUCGUCCAGAAGAGAGGCUCCAACGAGGCCAUACUGGGCACAGAGUACCGGGAACGCAAGAUCUCCGUCCAGAACAAGGCUGACCUGGUGAUCAAUGAGAUCAUGUGGUGGGACAACGGAGUUUACUACUGUUCUGUGGAAGCCACGGGAGACACCAGCGGCGGUUUGGAUGGCGUGAUCAAACUCAUGGUCUACAACUGGCUGACGGUGCUGUUCAUAGUGAUUGGAGCUCUGCUCCUCAUCCUGCUCUUCUGUAUCUGCUGCUGCCAGUGUUGUCCUCAGAGGUGCUGCUGCUACGUCCGCUGUCCCUGCUGCCCACAGACGUGCUGCUGUCCUGAGAAAGCGGUGAUGCAGCACAGGAUGAUGAAGGAUGCCCAGAGGGCCAUGGGUCCCCGGAUGGGAGGACAGCCCAUCUACAGCCCCAUGAGCCACGGAUCCUCACAGAUGAACCCUCUGCUGUAUGCAGGCUCCCAAUCAGGGAAGAGCAUUGCCAUGGCCCCCAUGCCCCUCCCCCCUCCCCCAUCUGGCUACAACAUGCCCCCCAGUGUCCACGCUGCCAGCAUCUACGGCAACCAACAUCCCGGCAACAAGCAGAUGCUGGACUACCUGGAGAGCCAGGUGAGGGGCAUGGAUGGGACCAGCCCCAUGAUGCAGCCCCAACCCCACCACCAGCAUCUCCAGAUGAUACCCCCUCCCCCUCAGCACAUGAUGCCCCAGCACGUCCCCUUCUCAGCGGGUCCUCCCAGCAUGCUCUCUGGCCUGGGCGACGGGGCCGUGGACUACCGGGGGGUCAUCCAGAUGCCUCCCAUCGUAGAGCAGCCUGGACGAGGAGAUCGGAGAGGGAGCCAGCCGCCGCUUGCUCCUAAAACACGUCCACCCAGCUCCAGAGGAAGCAGCCGCAGCGAGAGUCGCGUCACCAAUCACCGUGACGACCGCAGCGAAGCCAGCGUGCGCCGUUACCCGUCGCCGUCAAGGAGCCGUGGCAUGCCAAGGAGCUACAGUGAAGACUUUCUGGACGGGGAGAGCCGGGGGGCGCGGGGUCGAAUGGGUUCACGUGACGACCUCAGCGACAGGGUCCCUCGAUCCCGCUCCAGAGACGACCUGUUCGAGGAGCAGCGUCGCGCCCCGCCUCCCAGCAACUACUCCCGCUCCCGCAGAGGGUCGUUCAGUUCAGAUGAGGAUGAAAACAGCAGGAGAGGAGAGGGCAGAGGUCACAGAAGAGGAGGAGGAGGAGAGAUGUAUUCAGACAUUCCGCCCAGCUAUUCUGAAUACGAGCCGGGACAGAAACCACCAAGGAGGAAUGAGCGAUACUCUGUUAAAACUCUGCUUUAGUUUGUACACUGAAUACACACACACACACACACACACACACACACACACACACACACACACACACACACACACACACACACACACAC